AUGUUGGAAGCCAGACUCGAACAGGCCUCUGUCCUCAAGAAGGUCGUCGAUGCGAUCAAGGACUUGGUGCAGGACUGCAACUUCGACUGCAAUGACACAGGCAUCCAACUGCAGGCUAUGGACAACUCUCACGUUGCUCUGGUCUCCAUGAUGCUCAACGCCGAGGCCUUCUCCCCUUUCCGCUGCGACCGUAACAUCUCUCUCGGUGUCAACCUCACAUCUCUUACCAAAGUGCUACGCGCUGCCCAGAACGAAGACCAGCUCACACUCAAGGCCGAGGAUGGCCCUGAUGUACUGAACCUCCAGUUCGAGAACACCGAGAACGACCGUAUCAGCGAGUACGACCUCAAGCUCAUGGACAUUGACCAGGAGCACUUGGGUAUCCCCGAUACUGAGUACGCCGCUACCAUCACAAUGCCCUCCCUGGAGUUCCGACGUAUUUGCACAGAUCUCAUGGCCAUGUCCGAGUCCGUUAUGAUCGAGGCUUCCAAGGACGGUGUCAAGUUUGCUUGCAACGGUGAUAUUGGUAACGGCUCUGUGACUCUCCGCAGCAACACCAACCUCGAGAAGCCCAAGGAGGAGAUCAAGAUUGAACUGAGCGAGCCUGUCGCCCUCACAUUCUCUCUCAAGUACCUUGUCAACUUCUGCAAGGCUGCUACCCUGUCCGACCAAGUCAACAUCUGCCUCUCCAAUGAGGUCCCUCUCCUGGUGGAGUACCAGAUCUCCGGCCAAAGCCACCUCCGAUUCUACCUUGCUCCCAAGAUUGGCGACGAGGACUAA